AUGAGCAGUGCUGGAACAAGCCCAAAGAGAGCUUCCAUGUCCUUCACUUCAGCCCAACUCGGCACGGCUGCGGCUACCAGUAGCGAGUCCUACGACGACAAGAUCGCUUUCGACAAUAUUUUGAUUACGGGUGGGGCUGGGUUCAUUGCCUCAUUCAUCGUACGCAAGCUAGUCCUUCUGUACCCCGAGUACAACAUCUACAACUUUGACAAGCUGGAUUACUGUGCGUCCACCAACAAUGUCAAAUCCGUCGAGGACAAGCCCAACUACUCCUUCAUCAAGGGUGAUAUUUGCGUCAAGGAUCUCGUCAACUUUGUCCUUGCUGAGAAGCAGAUUGACACUAUCUUGCACUUUGCUGCGCAGACCCACGUUGACAACUCGUUCGGAAACUCGGCCGAGUUCACGCUCAACAACGUGAUGGGCACCCACGUCCUCCUUGAAGCCGCCAGGAUCAACCACGUCAAGAAAUUCAUCCACAUCUCCACCGACGAGGUCUACGGAGAAGUCGAGCAUGGCGGCAACGAACUGACCGAAGAGUCCCUGCUGGCCCCCACCAACCCGUACUCCGCCACCAAAGCCGCGGCAGAGAUGCUGGUCGGCGCGUACCAGAAAUCUUUCGGCCUGCCCACCAUCAUCACGCGUUCCAACAACGUCUACGGGCCGUAUCAGUACCCGGAGAAGAUCAUCCCCAAGUUCGUCACGCUUUUGUCUGAGGGUGGGAAAGUCUUCAUCCACGGCGACGGCAGCAACACCCGCCGCUUCAUCUACGGCACCGACGUCGCGGACGCCAUCGAAGUCAUCCUCCACCGCGGCCACACCGGCGAAACCUACAACAUCGGCACCUCCUUCGAGAUCUCCAACCUCGCCCUCACAAAGUACCUCAUCAAGCUCAUGGGUCUCUCGUCGAAGGAAUCGGAACUCAUCGAAUUCGUCGAGGACCGUCCCUUUAACGACAUGCGGUAUGCGAUCGACUCGGCAAAGUUGGAGGCCCUGGGAUGGGCACCCAAGGUGGACUUUGAGGAAGGCGUGAAGAAGACGAUCGAGUGGUACAAGGCUUAUUCGAGGAAGUGGUGGGCGAAUAUCCAGGGAGCCCUGGUCGCGCAUCCGUAUAAGAGUGGAGCGCAGCAUGAGCUUAUUGUGCCAAAGUAG